GGUCUUCGGUGCCCCGAGGGAAUUAGUUGAUUAGUUAGUUUUGUUCGAUUCGUUCGUUCACGCGUUCGUUCACUCGUGUUAACCCAAAGGGCCCCCCUGACCACACUACGUUCCGGCAUGGGUGGAGGAGGCGCUGGUGGCACCAUCAGCAGCAGCAUGGGCGGAUCCGAGUACAGUCUUCCGCCUAGCUACCGGUCGCGCAACGCUACACCCGCCAGCUUUGUGGGCGGCGAGCGGAACAUUGAGACGGCGCCGUCGGGUAGGCUGCUGGCCAACAAGGACCUCCAUUUGCCGGAGCCGUCGCUGGCCGAGCAACUGACGAACUACACGACUUUGCAGUCGAACACGUUACUCACGUCGGCCAUUGUGGACAUAGAGCGGGAUGGCACACCGACAUCCACAGCCACAACGGCGACAUCCACAUCCACAGCAACGAAGGGCAAGGAUCUGGUGACCAUUGUGACCAUAUCGCAGGCAGACAGCGGCAGCCCCCACCUGCACUCCCACAGGCACUCGGCUGGAAAGACGACGCACGGCCAGACCCAGACCCAAUCCCAAUCACCUGGCCAGGCCAGUGCACUCGAUCAGAUCGAUAUAUUGGCGCAUCUGUAACCGAACGAAUCGGUCUUCGGUGCCCCGAGGGAAUUAGUUGAUUAGUUAGUUUUGUUUGAUUCGUUCGUUCACGCGUUCGUUCACUCGUGUUAACCCAAAGGUAUUUAUUUGUACGGAACUAAAGCUCUGCUCCUAAAUUAAUAAUUUAAUUCGUACUUGCUAAUCUGUAACUGUAACUGUAAUCCGUAUUCUGUAAUUGUAAUUGUAACUGUACUCUGUAAGCGGCAUUUAGCUGAUAAGAUGUUUGUUGUACUUGAAUUUGUUGAAUUUAUUUUUGUAACCAUAAGGAAAUGCGCAGGGUAGGUAUUACGAAUUCUAGAUACAUGCAAUUAUACAUACACAUAAACCCAUUGAAAGUA